AAGAGGUGUGGAGGGAAACGUGGAUCCGGCUCACACACACUCCUUCACUCGUGUGUGGACACAACAGCACUGCUUCUGUCUUUCGUCCCUCUGCCCUCUUGCCGCCCCGCGCAUUCGGUGGGAGGGCGGCAGCGGACAAACACGCCGCCAUCGCCACCCUGCAUCGCGUCCGUCACUCGGCGUUGUGCACUGUGCCUCUGCCUGCUCCGCCUGCUUGGCUCCGCCCCACUCGGCGGCUUUAUCUUCGUCCUGGCGCGUCCCCGCACUGUGAGGCGUUGCGCCGCGCACCCCCCAGCGAGUUAAUUAUAAGCGCACGCCCCGCCGCCGGCCCCGCCUCCCCCCACACGCAGCGGGGCGGGGAGUCCCGUCGGCGGGAGCGCGAGUAA